AAAAUUCUUCUUGACCUGUCUUAAUUUCUGAUCACAGGAAAAUCCCGCUCCUCCUUUUUCCUUGGAUCCAAGGGUGCAUCGAUCCUUCUUUGGCUACUAAAACGUAAUCAGAAAUUCUAGAGAUUCCACUACUUUUCCUCCGUUUUCCUAGCACCAACCACAGACGCAGUUCAACUCUGUCUGAUUCUCGCUGUCCAAUUCGUAGAGGGUUAAUAUUGUAAUUUGACUGCCAUUUACAGUGACCGGCUCUGCUGCUGGGUCAUGACGCUCCCCAGAGUUUCCUUCUUCUUCAUCGUCGUCGUCGUCUCCGUUUCUCUCAUUUGCAGGUGUGAUGGAAUUACAGAAAAGGAGAAGACGUUAGCUAUAAUAAAGCCAGAUGGGAUGAGUGGUAACUACAGUGAUAAGAUAAAGAAUGCUAUUUUGGAUUCUGGGUUUACAAUUCUCAAGGAAAUGACCAUUCAGCUUGAUGAGGAUGCUGCAAUGGGAUUCUAUGCCGAGCAUGCUUCGAGGAGCUUCUUUUCUAGCCUGGUGAAGUACAUGACAAGUGGACCAGUAUUGAUUAUGGUUUUGGAGAAGGAAAAUGCUGUUGCUGAUUGGCGUGCUUUAAUUGGCCCAACUGAUGCGAGUGCAGCAAAGAUUACUCAUCCUCACAGCAUCAGAGCAAUGUGUGGGGUGACUAUAGAAAAGAACUGUGUUCACGGGUCAGAUUCUCUGCAAUCAGCUCAACGAGAGAUUGCAUUCUUCUUUGAGGAGAAGUCUUCAGGUAGAGUAGUUACUGAGCAUGACGAAUUGUAGCUGGUGAAAACUCAAAGCAGAACUCUGAACUUGAUGUCUUUGAGAAGCCUCUUCAACACUUCCACUCCAUAUCUAAAAUAACUGUUGUACCAAUUCCUUAAUGACAGUCAAGGCAUCUGUUGUCAAAUGCUAGCUGUCUACUUUUUCUUUUUUUCAAAGGUCAAAUGCUAUCCUGUAAACAUCAAUUGAAUGUUAAUUCUUACGUAUUUUUAACCAGGCUCUGUUCUCGUUUU